CUUUGAUUAGGAUGUAUACCCAAAACUCAGAAGGCAUGGAUUGUUACUUGUACUCCUGCUUGUUUUUGGCAAUGACAGUUCUUUUUCAAAAAGCUGGUUUCACAAAAUCUACCAGAACUGGUGCAGUGAGGCUUAGGUAUGCAUUACAGCCAUCAGAAAAUUUGAAAAAACAACCUUCAUCAACUCAAUUACAAAAUAAUUUUCAUGUAAAACCGGGAGAGACUUCAAAUGAUCUAACAAUAUUACAUCCACUUUAUCAAUUAAAAAAAGGGAAAAACCCAUGCAUAUUGCUCACAGUAGAUGCCAUUCUAAAUUUGAAGUACUUAACUACUCUACACAAAGAACAGGUCCGUGAUAUUUAUGUGCCAUUCACGCCGAAAAUAAGCGGAAAUUGCAGUGAUCAGAUUGAACAAAAUCUUGCCAUAAGUUGGCGAACAUUUGUUCUAAAAUGGAAUUUCCUCAAGCUUCCAGAAAAAGGAUGGUGGUUUGUGUCAAAGAUAGAGCUGCAAUGUGAUCCAUCUGACUUAUUUUAUGAAUUUAUUAAUGCUGAAGGUAUUUCUUAUACUUUGUCAUCAGACACCAAUAUUGAACCUUCCAUAGCAGCACCAAUCGGGAAGUCAUUUAUCUGUGAUAGAGAAAUAAAAGUUGAUCUAAGUAGCACUCAGAUCAAUAUGAUUGCAAGUCUUUAUAUGCGAGCUAUGGUAGUCAAGCCCUUCCUAGAUAAUAAAGAUUUUGAAGAAAGCUACUUUUGCUCUAGUAUUGGAUUAGCAGAUGAACACAGAGGGAAUCCUUUGACUAUAGGUUGUUUACUUGCUGUUUCAAUUAUUUCAAGUUGUACAACCUAGUAGUAUCAGAGAAAUAAUGCAAUAUGAGUAACUAAUUGAAGUAAUUUCUUUAGAAAAUUUAAUUCAAUCAGAGAAUAAUACAAUACUUACUUCUGUAAGAAUAACUGGUAAUUUAUGAAACAAGUUUCAUAAACAAUCAGACUUAAUAGUGUGACAACUUUGAACAAUAGUCCUUUCAUAUUGAUAAAAAUAAGAGAACUUUAGAUGUAAAGACAAUUAAAAUAAGAAAAGCAAAAAGAAAUGUCUGAUUUGAAGAAAAAAAAAUGCUUUUUCACUCAGAAUAGAAUUUUGCAUUUCAACAGAAGCACAAAGUCAACGAUUCAUGCCAGCACUAAUAUAUUUCAAGUUGAAAGACCUUUUUAGAAAUACAAAUAUUUUGGUUAGCAAAAGUUAUACCUGCACAUUGAUGAGCAUGUUUAUUAUUAUUUUUUACUGAUUUACCACUAUCUUUGAUGAAAACUGCUCUACCAGAUCGAAGGUUUAAACGUUGAUGCUCAAUUUAAUCGAUUGAGAGAUUCUUCGAUUUUAGUUCAGAGUUUGGGAUCCUUAUAUGACCCAUACUAACCUACUACCUACAACAGGCCUAAGGAAGGUUUGUUUGACAAGUAGCAGACUGAUAUGUCCUGUUAAUGAGAUGGAAAAUAUUUAUUUAUCAUAUUUAAUUUUUAUAUUAUGGGAAAUUUUCAUUUAUCAUCAAAAGAAACUAGUUUUUUUAAUCAUAGUUUCUUAAAACUGAAAAUCAUACCUAUUCAUUAUUAACUAAGUAAUCAAGAAAUGUAUCAUUUCAUAAAAUCAAACUUAUAAUAUGGUUAAUCGCCAAUGUCUGUGAUAUUUUUAAAAAUAUAAUUUUUGUAUUAAAUUUUAUUGAUUAAUAAACAUUUUAUCCUCAUAUGUCGAGUGGUGUUACCUAUCUCACGACAAGGUUAAAUUUAAUAUAGGAUGUAUUUGAAAUGAAUAGUUAAUUUAUCUUCCAUAAUAAUCAGAUCAGUUGAGGUUUAAUCGAAAGCUGAAGCAAAUGUAGUUUGAA